AUGGCCGAUCUACCAUCACGCAGUGUAGCUCUGACCAUCGUGGAGUCCGGCUUUAUGAUUGCGCUGAACAUUUUUUCGCUGGGAGGCAACAUCAUGGUGUGUAUAGCCGUUUACAGGAAUAUAAGACUACGUUCUACCACUAACAUUUACAUCAUCGCGUUGGCUAUCAGCGAUCUUUUGAGCGCCAUUUUCGUCAUGCCGUUUGCAGCCGGAGCACUUAUUUCAGGAAGAUGGCCCUUUGGUAAAGUACUUUGCCAGGUAAAUGCCUUUUUCAGCCUAUUUGUUGUGUACGUUUCACCCGUGACGAUGGGUUUGACAGCAGUUAACAGAUACAUGAGAAUAUGCAAGUCAGAUAUGGAGUAUAAACGGUUCUUCUCCCCAAUAAAAUCCCGCCUCGUGCUGGCCUUUGUAUGGGGCUUAAUUGCUGGUUACAUCCUGUUUUCUCGCUUGGCUGGUCUACAAGGCUUUCAAUUUGUACCAGAGUAUGCCUCGUGCUUGAACCAACAUCUGGCUGCAUCUAGCAAAAUACUUCAUUAUUUUGUGGUCGUUGGCUUGUUUUUCCUUCUUCCCCUGGCGGUGACGAUUUUCAGCUACAGAAAAGUCUCCAGAAAGAUCCAGGAACACAACAUUAAUUUAGCGAUGACCCAUCAAAGUCAAAGACGUGAUGUCAAUUUCAGCGCACAUGAAAUCCGAAUAAGCAAGUCAUUAUUCGUCGUAGUAUUUGCCUUCAUGUUAUGCUGGGUUCCUGCUUGGUUGAUUACCAUCCUGGUACGCUUUGUGGGAAAAGUACCUCGCAAUGUUCAACUGUUGUGCGCUUUCUUCGUAAAUUUGUCAAACGCCAUUAAUCCUUUCAUUUACGCCGGAAUGAAUCCGUUGUUUAGGUUAGAGUUCAAAAGAAUACUCCACUGUGCAUACUGCAAUAAAAUUCGCAAUGAAUCGGGCUCGAACACCGAUUACAAUCAACAGGGAUCGACUCAAAGAACCGUCGCCCUUGCUGAAAGCACCACACAGCACCAUACCUUAUAAAUUUCUAGGCGCCGGUUUCGUCCUGGACGUUAACAUGAACCAUCAACAAAAAUAAAAAUCAAAACAAAAAGUACGUAAUUGUUAGGUGAGGAAUUCGAUUUUAAGGAACGAAGUAUCAUGGGCGUGAAAGUAUACAAUCAUGCCACAGGCCGUGUAAAAUACACUGAUUAAUACCUUCGAGGGUAACAGAUGUCAUCAUUGUGAAGUUUCGUAUUAACGUAUACCUCUCUUUUAAAAGCAUCACAGUUACUUGUAUCCUUAAAGUUAUUGCUGGUCAACAAUUGCUGAGCUGUUGUAAAUUUGUGCAGAAAUAACUGUCAGUUAAUGAUCUUCAUACCUCAACUUUAAAUUUACGAACUGGGGUCGAAAGCAAACCUCUGAGAUUCGUUUCACGUUUCU